AUGAAAACCAACAACGUGAAGGACACCGGAGAUGGGGUCUCAACAGACAAUAAGCAUGAGCAUGGAGUGGGAAUGUUUCUAGACCAAGAGUGCGCUAAAUGUAUUGCUGGUGUCUGGUGUAUUUCUGACAGAGUUAUGGUAGUAAGACUUAGUGGCAAACCGUUUGACACAGUUGUGAUACAAUGCUAUGCACCCACAACUGACUGCAAUGAUGAUGAAAUAGAUAAUUUUUAUGAUCAAUUAGAUGAAGCAAUAACACAAUGUAAAUCUCAAGACAUAACAAUAGUCAUGGGUGAUUUCAAUGUUAAAAUUGGACAAAACGAAGAUGGCAAAACUGUUGGGAAAUUCGGACUAGGACAAAGAAACGAGAAGGGUGAAAAAUUAGAAGAAUGA